AUGGCCCCAUUGAGCUUGUUGAAAGAACGAUGUCAUGGCUCGAACGGAGCGUUGAACGACGACGAGGUGUUCGAUCCUGCUGUGCAUCUCGCCUACUCGCCGCCCAAGAAGCAGUUCACCAUGCAUGACCUGCUUCUAGAAAAGAGCGUGUCGGUUUCUCCCAUCGCAGGGACCACGCCAUUUCCACUUCUGUCGGACGAGGGCGUGCGAGCAUAUCGAAGAGCCCUGUUUCAGCAAAGGGUCAUUGAUCGAUGUGCUAGUUCACCGUUCCCAGGCACCCUGGUGCUCCGUGGCGCAGAGAAGCAGGCAAGAUUCAUCCGGGACUUCUGGACCCACCCCGAGACACUUCGCAUCGUGUCUGAAGCCAUGGACGUCCCGCUGGAGAUCGUCAUGCCUGCCGAGAUCGGACACACGAACAUCCAGGUCGAGGGAGCGACGAACCCAGAGAUGGUAGGGAAGCUCAAGGUCGAGCCGUCAGCCGAGAAGGUAGAGCUGAGCGAGGCCGAACGUGCCUACGAUCCGCUGACGGAUGCAAGCGCCAUCAUCCCAUGGCACCACGACUCGUAUCCGUAUGUCUGUGUCCUGAUGCUGAGCGAAACCAGGGGCAUGAUUGGGGGCGAGACGUACAUCCGAAAGGGCGACGGCACGGCCCAAAAGGUCGAGGGGCCACGAAUCGGCCACGCGGUGAUGCUCCAGGGCGGCGAGGUUGAGCACCUCGCAGCGCGUGCCCGGGGCGUGAAGGAGCGCAUCUCGACGAUCACGUCGUACCGAUCCAGCGUACCGACGGUGUACGACUCGAGUUACAUGACCAGCAUCCGGCCGUACGCCGAUCUCGACAGCCUGUAUCCCGAGUGGGCGCAGUACCGGUUGCGAAAGCUGCGCGACGAGAUCAACAACUACCUCGGUCAGAUCGAACGGGAUCCCGGCCGACCGCUGGACCGUGUUGGUUUCGAGUGCCUCGUCGCCGCCCAGACCGAGUACCUGCGCCAGACAUCACGUCAGAUGAUCGCGCCCCAGGAACAGCACCGCGUACUCCAGACGUACGGCAGCGCGGCGUAUUAUGAUGCACCGCAGAUCUGGGUCGCCGUCCAGAUGCUGCCGUCGUUUGAGCGGCUGGCCGCAGCCGCCGAUCACAACCGCGUCUGGAUGGCCGAGAGCGCCUGCUGGAUGGACCUCCAGAACUCGGCCGAGGCCCUCCGUCAAGGCCGGCCGCUCAAGAGCUCGCGUGGGCCUCUCGUCUGGCACGGUCGGCGGCAGUACUUUAUGGGCGAUGAGCUCAUCCGUCAGGGCCUCAACGAACUCUUCCUCGACUGGCUCGGCGCGUCGGGGUUGUGGGAUUUGUACUGCCAGGCGGCUUGA